CCCGCAGCCCCGGGGAGGUGAGGGCGGUGCUGAGCCAGGCGAGGGCGCAGGGGCUGGAGGUGGUGCCGCUGGUGCAGACCUUCGGGCACAUGGAGUUCGUUCUGAAGCACAAAGAGUUUGCUCAUCUCCGGGAGGUAAAGGCGUUUCCCAAUGCCCUCAACCCACACAAGGAGGAGUCGCGGGCACUGGUCAGAGCAAUGAUUGACCAAGUUAUGGCACUGCAUGAAGACUUAAAAUGGUUUCACAUUGGAUGUGAUGAGGUCUACUACCUUGGUGAAGGAGAGGAGUCAAAGCAGUGGCUGCAGCAACAAGAUAACACCCCAGAGAAGCUGUGUUUAUCCCACAUAAAAGCAGUUGCAAGUUGUGUGGCCUUGUCUUACCCCACUGUGACACCCAUCGUGUGGGAUGAUAUGCUCAGAGGGAUGAGUGAGGAAACACUGGCAGAGUCUGGGGUCCCACAGCUUGUGCAGCCAAUGAUCUGGGACUAUGCAGCAGACCUCGACGUGGAGGGCAAAGUGCGUCUCAUAGAGAAGUACCGUAGAUGUGGCUUCUCCAAGGUGUGGUUUGCUAGUGCUUUUAAAGGAGCUACAGGAGUGAAUCAAUCUCUAACACUUAUUGGACACCACUUAAAAAACCAUCUUCAGUGGCUGGAAGUGGCAAGCAAUAGCCCUGCUGAUGUCCUUGAAGGUAUCGCGCUGACCGGCUGGCAAAGGUAUGAUCACUUCUCUGUUUUAUGUGAGCUGCUUCCUGUGGCGAUUCCGUCAUUGGCUGUAUGUCUGCAGGCACUAAAGAAUGGUGGCUAUUCUGAAAAGAUUAAAGAAAACGUGGAAAAGCUCCUGGGAAUGUCCAACCUGGAAACUGAUACUUUCGUGAGCACAGUCCUGGGGACCUUUCCUGGGAGCAAUAUCCUUACACUUGUGACGCAAGUUAGUUUCUACCUCAAGUCAUCAGUGGAUGAACUUCUUGAAAGGAACAGAUAUGUCACAGGCUGGUUCAGCCCCUACCACAGAAAAAGGAGGAUUAUUCAUCCCAUAAUAAUGCAUCACUUCCAGCCAGAUGCAGUAAGUCUCCUCUCCAAGUGGAAUGCUGUGGUGCAAGACCUCCAAGCAGCCAUGGAACAAGUUUUCCACAAGUGUACUGUAGAGGAGUGGAUGGAGGAGAACGUCCACCCCAGCCUACAGAAGCUGCAGCAAGUAGUGGAUGAUUUAGAUAAAGCAAUAAAAGCACAAAAUUAGGGGCAUUUCAAUUAGCCUGUCUUAACCCGUGGGAAAACAGGGCUAGUUGAAAUCAGCAACCAGUCCUAGAGCUAGAGUUUGUCAUCUUGAGAGUUGACGCAAGAACUGUGAUUAAACAAAAGUGACCUGAAGGCAUAAAGGAUUUUAUUAGUCUAAUAAGCUUCAACUCUAUUUUAAUUUUCUGUUUUAACACAUUGCUGAGUCUUAAAUCACUGGCCCUGUAAGUCAAACAUGCUCCCCUUGCAUAACAGAAUGCAGAAUGAGUCAGAAUUCAGCUAUAUUACAAGGCAGGAGAAAAAAGCAUUUUCUUCCAAAUUCAUUAUUUGUAGUAAUAGACUUUCUUAUAUAACAAUGGCCUGGAAAAGUUCUACAAAUUCUACUCUAGUCAGUAACCAACAUGUCCUCCCUCUACAAUUUCCAUAAAAAGAAAGAUUUAGGAUACUUUAAACAUGCUUUAGGUCUGUAUGUUCUGUACUGUGACUCCUACAUCUUUCAACUGUUUAGGGAGAUGUCCUGCUGUUCCAUCAUGACAAGUCCUGCCACAGCAUAGAGCAGUUAAUUUGUUCCAGAUUUUGGACUUUUUCAGUCCUUGAAGUCUGUAAAACCAUUGGUCUUAAAUCCAGUUCUGAUUAGCCUGAGGACAGGAAAUUAGCAUCCAGCUUUUUGCAGAAGCCUGAGCAAGAACUGCUGUCUAGCUGCUCAUGAGGUUACAGCAGAUGUAUUAAAGAACAUGUACAGAGCAAGAGGGAGCUCCAGAAAAGGAGCUUCUUACCAAUAAUGAAGGUGACACUUGGACAUGUAGGUAAAGCUGCCUUAACACAUCGGGCUUGACCUUUUACCAAAGCAUCAUCUAAGCUAAGCAUAGUUUUAUCCCCACAGAAAAGCACCAUCCCAGUCACUUUAAGGCACCUACUUUGCUAUGUAAGACCUGAGACUGCAGGUUCAUCCAAAUUUGGAGCAAAACUUAAGUCUACUGAGUAUGUGGGAAAAAAGUUUUAUUCUGCUCUAAUGUUGAAUUUUAUUAAAUAAAGUAUAGCAAUAUAUUUUGUGGACAUAACUGGAGCAUUAAGAUAAUCACAAGGGAAAAUAAUUCAAAACUCUGGUAGUUAACUACACUACCAUGAAUAUUCAAAAUACUCUUUACUUGUUUACUUCCUUUGUUGGUUUCUUGAAAGUCUUACUUUGGAAGCACAGGUAUUGAAAUUUUCUUGGAACAGUCUAUUAUAAACAGUAUAGCUCUAGAUACAGAAAGUACACUAAGUACAGCAUAAGACAAAUCUUUAACUUAUUUAAUAAGAGCUAGAGGAGUUAGGUCCACAUGUGGGUUUUUAUUUAAAAAGAAUCAAUUGCUAUGUAUACCGUAACUACAAAAGUCACAUACCUUGAACUAAAAAAGAUCUUAAUUUAUUUUACUUUAAUAAAUCCUUUGCUACUCAAAAUGUUUAUAGAAAUUUGCCUUUGUUUUGCACCUGGUAUGUUGGUUUGGUUUAAAGGGGGAAAAAUGGAAAUAUGUUCACCCAUAGAGUUGGUUAUAUUGGCUUCUAUGAAAUUGAGAGUGGACUGCUGUAAAAGUGAAAGCAGGGUCAGUAAAGAGCUGGGUACUUGGGCUUCCUGGACUCUGUCCUCUCCCCAUUAACUCCUUCAAGUAGGUCUGUGCCAAAUGGUGAUUCACACAACCAUCAAUAUAGUUUAAUACAUUUUAAUGAAAAAUAAAAUACUAGUGACACAAAACAAAUUAUCAAAGUUGAUUUUAUCAAUGGACUUGUUUUAAAAAGACAAUAUACAAGGCCUUGCUGAAAAGUCUACUUGCAGUUUUAAAGUAGAAAAGCGAUUUCUAAACAUUUUCUGGAAGUAUUUUUGCAUCUCGGCAAUCUACUACAGUGUCAGAACCAGCACUCUUUACUAUGUAAACCAGCUUAGUUUUUGGUAUCUGUGUAACGUCAUAAAUACAGCACAAGAGUCAAUCUCAGCUAUAUGGUACACAUGUUUGCAUUUUCUUUGAGACUUGCACAAUUGAUCCUUGUUACUGGAGUAUCUUAUUCUGUAAAACAUCAGAAAUUUAGAUUGUAGCUGAGAUGAUACAACUUUCUCACUUUGUACAACAUGCAGCCUGGUUCAGUGUGACAGCUAAGGCUGUGAACCUGUCCAGCCACACACGUGCGGGUAAGUUCAGAUGUGCUGCUCAAGUUUUAAGCUGAAGCAUCUGCCAAAUGGCAUUUAUGAUACACUUAUAUUAAAGGACACAAUAGAAAGCACUGGCUUUAUGGAGCAGGAGUUACAUCUACCUAAAGAUCUUUUACACAAGUUUUCAAAUCAUUUGUAAGUCAAACUACAUCUGUCUAGUCUCAAGUUACUAGACAGCCUGAGAUGCAAAAACUCACAAAUUCACCUGUAAUACUCCUCUAGGAGUAUUUCACAUCAUUCCUUUUAAUACAAGCCACUUUACAUCAGGCACACAUAAGACUACAUUUACUGGGCCUUUUCAGUAUGCUAGGUCCAAGAGAAGUGAGGAAAACCAUACAAAAAAAUUCUUCAGCAAAAUGGUGAAAAGUGGCAGGAAGAGGAUGAGAGGACUAGUGGCAAGAGGGAAGAGCAGAACCUGUCCCAGGUUAGAACCUGCUGUUCUAGACAGUUCCUUCAAGCUGAAUCACAUCGCUGAGGAGUCCACAGACAUAGCCAUAACCAAAUCCAUGUUCACAACAAUUUGCAAGUUAAUUUUCCAUGCACAGUUACUGCAAAACAUGAAAAGUCUGGCUGUAUCGUCCAAGUACAAAAGACAAACAGUUUUUGAAGACAGGAAGCCCAAAACCUGGAUCAAGGGUAAUACACAUCAGCCUGUGAUACACGUUCGUGUGCAGCAUCCAACUGCCAAGGCCAGACAUCCUCUGCCUGCACUGUAGGUCAGCAUCAGACGCAGCUCUCGGCUGUCCAUACCAGCCAGCAGUGCCCAACAUAUGGCCUGCAGGCAGAGCCUGCAGCAUUGGAAAAAUUUAUUCAGUCCCGCUUCACGUAGCUCAGCCUACGGAAUUCAGGUUCCCAUUUGAAACUGUACUCGUCUGGAUGGCAACAGAGCUGCCAAAUGCAAAACGGAAAUGGCACAGGGAGAGGAUUACACCAGCUGUUCCAAGUGAACGGCUGAGGAGUCAAAACUUCUCCUUGACGCACAUGGCAUGCACCAGUCAGCCCUCUCCUACCCACCAUCAGUAGGGUACUGAGGUGUGAGGGGGACACUAAUGAACAUCUUUAAAGAGCUGAUCACUGGACUUCAACUCAAAAUGCAACCUACUCAACAGAAUGUAUUUCAAGCUGGUUUAUAUCUUACUAUAGGUCAUUCUCCUUUCUAGGGAUGUGCAUUCUAGGGAUUGUUUUAGCCUUUGUAUAAUGAUAGUGCAUAGUCCAUAAGUAUAUACAUUACUAACAUCAAGAAUGUACAAGCUAGACAGCUCAGCAGAAGCAGGGCACAUGAUACAGAGUAGGGUUAGAUCAAUAAACGUACCUUUCCAAAGCUGAUUUAACUGGAAAACCACAGCAUGGUUUGUAUUGUCCACAGCAUAUUAGCUCUCAUGGAAACAAAAAAAAAACCCAAACCCCACAGUAUAGCUAAGAUUGAACACAGGUAGCUUUGUCCAUUUCAUCCAUGGUCAAAUCUGUGGACUCCUCAGAAUAUAAAUGCAAUGCACAUCCAUACCAUGUACUCUUGAAUAUCCUGGCUACAAAGCAGCAGUUAUCUGCAGGUUGAGCCCUUCUGCUUACAUUAUACCACUAAAUAGUUAAGGGUUUUUUCAGUAUUUUUUACUGGAAGUCCUUGGAACACUUGACAUUCUCAUUUUACACGGUGGGGUUAAAAAAAAAAAAAAAAGUUCUCCCAAUUCCCAAUCUCAUUCUCCCCUCUCUAAAAUAAGUGACACCUAGGGCAUAUAUUACACUGGAUUUAAAUUAACUCUCCAAAGUGUUACACCCUGCAAUAUUUUUUUUUAAACAGGUUUGACAAUUAUUCUUAGCUUACAGCUGUGCUUCAGAAUAAAGGUCAGAUUUAGCUAAUUGUCUGCAACCUAAUUUUCUGACAGUCACACACAGCAGCUUCCCAAUUCCAGUGAUGUGGGGCAGAUUGAAAGCCACACGAUUAGCCCACCAACUCACAGGACUUCACAAGCAUGUUUACCAGCAGAGGUCUGCUUUGAUACCUAAUGUGAUUACAAACUUCUUUUCCUAUUUAACAGAAAUGGACCCACUUUUGUGCUGCAGUCAAGCUGCACCAACAGCUGUCUCCCCAUUACAGUUUGAUUACCCUUUCAAACUAGCAGUGAGAGCAUCUGUCUCAGCUCACAUACUAGGUCUAAAUAGCUGGAAGUGAAAUCUUGGUACCCGUUCUUUGGUCAGAUAACCAUGUGCUUAGUUUCAGACAUAGCUGGAACACACAACAGGACACACCUUCUGCUGAGAUCUUUUCAUAGCUUGCUUUCUGUAGAGGUAGAGUGCUUUGAAACAAGAAUGCAGCUUCAAGUCCUGAGAAAACUGCUGCCAGAAAACAUCUGCUGCUGGCCAAAUAUAAAAGCAGACCACACAGUUAUCGUGUACCCCCUUCAGAUCUCCUAGGAGUAACUGUGUCAGUACUUUCUCAUUCAGCUCCUAAGAUCAUACAAUUCCUAA